CUCCCCUCAGUUCCAUCACGGCAAGCCGGGACGAUAGGUCGUCGUUGCGUUUUCGUCUCCGUUUUUGCCUCUUCCAUCAUUCUCUGUUUCUCUCCUCUAUCUACUACAAUCUCACGCUAUUUCUAAAAAAGAAGAAUCUUCGUUCACAAAGUAAUUCAAAUAUAUAUAUAUAUGUAUAUAUAUGUGUACAUAUAUAUACGUAUUAUUUCUCGAGUGUCCGUUAUAGCUCUCGUGUGAAUAUAAUAUAAAAACCGACGGUCGGCGAGCUCUGGAAAGUGCUCAAGAGAGAAUCUCUUCACACUGUCGUAAGAUAGAGACACCCAAGAAGAACACUACUCACGGUGGCGUAUCAUUUUCGGUGAACGACGUCUUGAGGCCUGUCUUCGUCUUCUUCUACUCGACAAUUCUUUUGAAUUUCUUCGAGCUGCUGACCUCUGGAUUACGCGACGUCCCGUGCCGAAGGAAGCUUCAUAUUACGAGGUGAGUCCGAGUGAGUCCCUGUCUUCCUGCUGCCCAGUUCUAUAAGACGCGAGUUAACCGGAGAAGAUCAACGAGAGAGGAAGAAGCUGCUUACUCUUUCGAAGAGGAAAAGACGAGUCGCGGAACCGAUACGAGACGAGACAUAGGAUGGGCUCAUCCGUGCGAGCACUCGUUCUACAUUGAAGAGGAGGAGUACCGUAAGGGAGAAGGCGAAGGAAGAAGGAAGGAAGGAUGCCCGCCUCGCAAACCGCCGCCACUGAGCGGCGAAACGAAAGAGUGAUGAUCGCACAUGAACCACCAAAAUUGAAAACAACUUUAAAAAUACCACCGAAACAAGCGACCAAUCCUCUUCAAUUUGUCAAAGUUGGACCAUGUUCUUUGUAUCGUACGGCACAAGAACAAUUGCAGAAAGUGCAAGAAGUCAAGAAGAUUAAACAGGAAGUUCGAGAUGAUCCGGAAGAUUGGCAAUCGAAUCUAGACAAUUGGAAGAGCAGUCGAAGGAAGCGCCAAGAACACAUAAUCGAGCGAGUGGUAGAGGUUAAAAAACUAGAACUCGAAGAACACGAUAGACAACGACGUCGAAGUAAAACCUUCUCGGAAAUGAUGGAAGAGCGAGGUAACAGAGGUCGGAAAUUGAGUAUUAGUCUGGCCAUGUAUCACGAAGAGGAUGCAAACGAUUUAAGCGACCUUGGAAUCGGUACCAGUAGUGGCAAAAGUUCAGUCAGUGGUGAUACUCACGACGAUGCUCACAGUGUUCUCAGCGACAGAGACAGUGAAAUUGAAAAGAACCACUCGGAUGUUGACAAUGUGACCGGUGAUGCCGGUGACAAUGUAAACAAUAACGCAACUAGAUCGUCGACGGCAAUAACAACGACGACGACAACGACGACAGCGACGAGUGCAACGAAGAAACCAUUCGGCAAUGGCUUUCAUGGCAAUCAUAAUCACAAUCAGGAAUACGAUUCGGCGACCACGGCAACUGCGAGUUCGCCUGAGCCAGAGGAAUACACGUACGAAGGUGCAAUUCGUGGCUAUGUUUCAAGAGUUUCACAAAAUAUACCAAGGAGAUCUUUGGUAGGUUUAGAUGCAAAACUGGACAGCGCUAAAUCAUCGACGAAUGGAUCGAAGGCGAGCUUGAACGAGGAGAGCAAAGGUACGACGACAUCUGUGGUGAAGGUCGACAUCCUUAAGAGGCGAGAAAUCUUUGAAAAGGCAUCACAGAAGAGUUCCGACCAAAAAGCUAACAACAGGCUCUCCGGUGACUUCACCGGCACGAAGUCGAUUAAGGAGAGACUGUCGAAUCUGGAGAAGCAAAAGCUCGAAGCAGAAAACAACGAAAAGAUAUCAAAUAAGGCACUUAACAGACUAUCCGGUGAUAUGAGUUCUAUUAGAGAGAGGCUGUCUCAUUUGGAGAAACAAGCGAUAGAACGAGAGAGCAAAACUACCUCUGGGAAUCAUAAGGUCAGCUCCGAGGAAUUAGAAAGCGUUCGACCACUUCGAGAAAGGCUUUCGACUUUAGAAAAAUAUAGCAGCAGCGAUGAAUCCUCAGCACCAACUACGAUACAUGAAUCUAGACAUAACGGUGAACUUACUGCUAGGACAAUCAAGGAUCGUUUAAAUGCUUUAGACGCAAUUAGAAGCAAGGAAUCUGCGGAGAAGAGAGCAUCGAUUGGUAAACACUCUCUAUGCUUCAGAGAUCAAGAAAAUAGGAUCGAUACUUCGACGCCUAGCGAGAGAAGCUCUUCACCAGAUUCGGAAUAUCGAGCACCAAGAGCAGCCUUUCAUAGAAGUCUCGACUCACUUGAUGCCGAUGCUUCAAGUGGCCCGGACACCUUCGAACGUGUUCAAAGUCUUGAGGAAUUCGACUAUGGCCGACGUUAUCCAGCCUCCUCUUCUUCAGCCGAACUUCUCAACGACACCGAUCGUGAAGAUUCUGGCAUUCACACGGCUGACGUUAGCUGCUCGGUUAGCCAAGCCGAUGAACCAGUCGACGAAGAGAUCGUACACGCUAGCACGAUCGUUGAGGAGAAGCCAGAGGAUCUUCGAACGAUCGAGGCUACUUCUUGUUCCUCUUCAUCCGUUCAAGAGAAGAUCACGACGAAGUCGAGCACCGUUGCGAACGAGUCUACGACGACUGUCGCCAAUCAGCAGGAAGCAGUAGCAACGAAGGAUACUGCUGAAACUUCUUCUGGGGAACGGUCGACUAACAAAUCAUGCCCGCAUAUGCAAGUAGAAGUUAAUACUAACUCUAAUACACUACCCACGACGAAUCGUCUGAUUGUCUAUCAAAAUCCCAGAGUACCUCCACGAAGAACACCACCCGAAACACUUCCCAAACCAAAGCUACCACUUUUCAAGGAUCCUAUAGAUCCUAUUAACAACAAAGAAACUUUACCUACUUCCAAAGAUACUGAAGAUAAAAACUCCUCCUCUCCUCUUUCCAUUGAAGAAAGUCCUUCGAAUACUUCAUCGACAUCAACACCUUCGAUCCUUCCUCCAGAAUCAUCUAUCAAUAACAUCAACACUACCUGUCAAAAUCAAGACACUUCAAAAACAACAAGAGCAGUCUCAAAAAUCCCAACACCACUUCCUCGUAAAACAGUCCCUGCAAAAUCAUCACCAACUAGUUCGGUAUCCUCUGCUAGCCCACCAACAUCACCAUCUUCUCCCAAACUCCAAUCGUCAUCGUCGAAGACACGAACAUCAUCUAACCAGAGUCCUAAAGCUUCGGAAAUUCCUCUUCCUGUAAAUUCUAAUUCACCAUCAAAAUUAUCAUCACCAUCUUUCCCAUCCACUUCUUCAUACAACACAUCCUCACCUACAUCCAGCACGGAUCACCAAUCAACGUUUGGCGAGGAUACAAUAAUGGCUGAAAAACGACGAACUGUGGUGGAGGUUUGCGAAAAGGUGGUGGUACCGCAAGGAAAGAUACCUGGGACACCAUCAGUCACACCAUUCAUCACGGUGGAUCGCGUUAACGAGAAGCAGAACUCAGCCACGGCCGAGCUGUGUAGUCUCCUCGUAAGCUUGGGUAAACUCGCGAAACUCGAGGAACCAAUCUUCAUGGAUAAAGAGGACGAAGAGAAGAAGGCUGAAACGAUUUGCCAGACAACAAACAGUAGUACUACGAUGCCAGAUCGUGAAGAGCGAGAACAUAUCGAGAUAUCAAUGAAUACAAAACUCGAAACAACGAUGACAACUACAACGAAGAAUUCUGGCGAAGAAAUGAUAGUAGAUACACCUGAUUCACCUGCUUCGCCAAUACCAAUGAUUCUUGGAUUUGAAAGACCAACAUCCUUGACUUUCAACGAAACAGAAACCUCUAAUAUCAAUACUAUUAAUUGUCUCAGUCCAGUCUCACCUCAACAGUUUUUGCCGUUGAGCCUGUCGAACGACGAAGAAAUAAUGACUGGUCUAGCUUUUCCUUUGGGCCCACCGACGACUAUCGAGCCACCCAAAGAAAAGCCACCACCACCUCCCAUUGAUGAUAUAAGUGACGAAGAAGCUCCACCAGUGGAACCCCUUAAGAGAUUGAAUUCCACUCGAAGAAUCAAGAAGGAAUUGCGAACGAGACGGUCGGAUUUUCUUGGAAUAGAAGGGGUUAACGACGAUGACUUGGAAAGAGAGUUAACGUUAAUGAAGCCACCAGACAUGGCAGCAAUUCUCGCUGAAGAGAGACGUAUCGAACAGCUGCAUCGUCGUUCUUACGACACCGACAGUAAUUACGAGCAAGAUUCAAGCCAUGAGAGGGAUUCCGGAGUUGAACUGGGACACGUUGAAGACUGGACGAAACAACCUGUCAGCCCUGAUAUGUCGCAGCACAGUCGACAGAGUAGCGAACCUUUUGGCGCCAGUGUGACCUCAUCGGAGGAAGAUGAGAUAACGAAGAAGGAGCGAGAAAUCAUCGAAGUAUUAGAAAAAGAAGAACAAUGGCGAUAUGGGAACAAUCACGAGCAGAAUAGCGAUUUAGGAGAAAAAUUAGCUCACAAAUUGCGUGAACUCGAAGAAGAAAAGAUGCAAUUAGAACGAGAAAGAGCGCAGGAAGUCGUAUUACGUAGACAGGAAGAGAAUUUGCGGAAAAACGAGGACAACGUACGCAAACAGGAAGAGACUUUACGUAAACAGCAGCAGCAGCAACAACAACAACAACAACAACAACAACAACAACAACAACAACAGCAGCAGCAGCAGCAGCAACAGCAACAACAACAACAGCAACAACAGCAGCAGCAACAGCAACAUUUACCUUAUCAUCUUCAUCACCAUCAUCACCAUAGUCAUCAUCAUCAAGAGUAUGAAGCGAGACAACAGGAAGUUGCACGUAUCGAGAUAGAAACGAAACGUGUCGAGGCUACACGGCAGGAAGAGGAACGUCGGAUUCAAGCGGAACAGUUGAGAAUUCAAAGCGAGAUCGAAGAGAAGGAAAGAAGAGCAGCUGAUGCUCGAAGAAAGGAGGAGAUACGAAUAAGAGCUAUGGAAAAUCAAAUUCGUGAGCAAGAGAACAAGAUAUUGGUUGGUGCUGGGUUGAGCAACCACGAAGAUGAAUUUGCUUCUGGGGGUUCAGUAGGAUUUAGAAAUGAAACUUCUUACUCUUCGUUCGUUCAGGAAGUGCUACGAGUCGAGAGGGAACUACUACAGUUGGAACAAGAGGAGUUGAAGAGGCAAAGAAACAAUCUUGCUUAUCGCGAACAAAAGCAACUCAAACUGGCGGAACAAUUACAGGAACAGUGGAAAUCCCUACAAGACGUUGCUCAUGGUUCAUCUAACAUUGCCCAACAAUACAAGCAUCAGCCAGCCGUAAAUUAUAGAUCAUCUAUGCCAAAUCUUCAACUACAGGAUGCUCAAAGGAGACGACCACCUCCUCCUCCAAUACCACCUGCUAAACCAUUACGUCACAUCGAACAAAGACAAAGGGACGUGACCAUCAGGAACAGCCGAGUACCAUCAGCAGACUCGAUACCUCAACAAGUGGAUGCAUCUUUGCGACAUAGUGCCUCAGCUACGACACUUUCUUGUCAUGCUGGUCAACAAAUGACGAGGCAAACGUUGCAAGCUCUUAGCGCUGCUCCUCGACCACGGAUCGUUCAAGGUGAUCAAUGGGUUCAACGAAGAAAGAGCGAUGUGCCUAGAGGCGCGCAUGAUUUCAAUUAUCAACAUUGGCUCAUUCAGGAAGCAGAACAACGGAGAAUUCACGAGAAAAAUCAACGAUCCCCGGCACGAAAGUCUCAACCGCACGUGACCGGAACAUCCGUACCUUAUGCCGCUGCACCGACACGGUCGGAUAGCAAGCCGUUACCAGACUCCAUUAUACAAACUCUUACUCAAAGAGUACAGAACAGAGCGCAAGAGAAGCCACUAUCACCAAGAAGAAGAUUAGAACAUAGUACGAGUCAAGAGCACAUUCCCCUUCAACAUUCUAACACCACUCAACAAUUAACAUUACAACAGAAAUCUCAGCAGCCAUCACCAUCUGUUCAUAACACCGACAAUCAAGAGAAGAUGCUGAGCGUCAGUGGCAAAAAGAAAUGUUCGCAUUGUGGAGAUGAGCUAGGUCGAGGCGCCGCGAUGAUAAUCGAGAGUCUACGCUUGUUCUAUCACAUGGAAUGCUUCAAGUGCUGUGUCUGUCACGUACGACUCGGUGACGGAUUAAUGGGAACGGACGUACGCGUUCGAAACCACAAGCUCCACUGCCAUAACUGCUACUCCAGUGACGACGGUACUCACACUUAAAACUCUACCUAGUAUUAUUCCAUACAGUUUAAGAUUAGGUGUCAAGUUCAGCUGCGUGUAGAAGCGCACGGGCUAAUGGAUCUGUACCGACUAACUUGAAUAUAGCGUUCUUCCGGCUAUAUUUUAUAAGUUGUAGUUGACCAUUUAGUUAGCCAAGCUAACUCGAAACUUUCGCGACACAGUUCGUUCGUGCGUGUACAUAAAUACGUACAUAUACAUAUACAUAAAUAGAUAUAUAUAUAUAUAUACACACACAUAUAUAUAUAUAUAUCUUCUCUCUGAAAUAAAAUGGAUUUGAAGAUGGUUGGACGUCCGUUCUCAUCUCGCUCGACCUAAUAGAUGUCGAACUGGAAGACAAUUUUUUUUUUCUUUUUUUUUUUUUUCCUUUUUUUAGGUAAUUCAUCGACUUCUUUCAAGCCACUAACAACACGCAAUGGAAAUUAUUAUACGCAAGGAAAAAGAAAAUGUUUUUAUGUAAAUAGAUUGUAUUUAUGUAAGUAGCAUAGCGGUUAAGGAAUUAAUUGAAGGAAGAUUGUUGCAUACGCGAUAUCACAUCGAACAUCGAAUAAAAAAAUAAAUGAUAAGAAGAUGAACAUUCAUAUGGAACCAGUAAAAAAGAAAUCGUGACACUGUACAUUUUUGUAAUAUAUAACUUUUGCGUCUGGGUAUUUAUGAGAUAUCUCUGAUAACACACUAGCUAAAGAUGAAAUCACUUUGUGAUUGACGAUUAUUCAUGAAUGAAACUCUUAUUAAAUAUUUAAUACUAAUAACUCCUAAAAUCAAAUUGAAAAUGAUUAACUUUCGUACAAGGAAAUCUUUUUGUUUUAGAUCUUAAUUAUGUUUAUGGAAUACGGCAAACAAAAUUACAGAAUAACAUAUAGAUAUACGUACUCAAAUACGGUUGCUAAUGAAGUCAUGCUCGUUAUGUGUUUUCUCAUUUUCUUCAUUUUUCUCUCAUUUCUUCUCUUAAUUUCUUUCUUCAAAAAUAAACAAAUUUGAAUUCUUAGAAAACUCAACAGCACCUUUAAGCGAUCGUGUAUAAAGUACACAGAUUACCAUUGUGAAAUAUUGUAAAUGUCUCGUUUAUUACAACGUGUAAUUUUAUAUUAUCGCAAAGAAUAAAUGUUUAUUAUAGAGAA